AUGGCACCACCCACCAAAUAUUCUGCCGAGCAGAUCGAGUUUAUGGCGACAUUCCACAAUCAAUUCCUUGAAUGUAAGGCCAACAGAAAUUACGAACCUCUGUGGAAUCCCUUUUUUGAGGCAUGGGGAGCAAGGUUUCCAGAGUGUGCUGUAGUCUUCAAAGACAUUCCACUCGAUGUCGACUUAACCGAGGAACAGUCUACUGUGCUGUCAGAAGCCUGGGCAUUGCGUCAACAGCGCCUCAUGGAGAAAUUCCGUAAUGAUUUGGGUACGUCAAAAGCGGGUCAGCGGGCGAAUGGACAGCACACUGCCACAGUCAACAAGAUGAUUAAGAAUAUCAUGAAGGGCUCGACGGACAAACCCACUUGUGUCUUGAAACCAUGGGAAAUGUGCUCAAAAACACACUAUACGAAAGCCAAAGAUGCGGUGAAGACUGAGCAGGAAGAGUUAAAAAAAGUGCCAUUUGCUGAGCCGGCUAAAAAGACUACCCUGGGUAUCGUUAAGCGGCAUCUCAAAGCCACUUUCGACAAUGAGUCUGAGGAAGUAAAGGCAGAGGUCCUUGCUGCUAUUGAGGCAAUGAAGGAGGCGAAAUGUGCAGAAAUAGAGGAAGCAAAGAAGCAGGAUCACAAUAAGGAUGUCAUGUGCAGCUACAUAUCCAAAAUCGCUGUGAUUCUGACCCAGUUCUUCGAGGAGUUGCACGAAAUGACAGAUUGGGUAUUCACGGUACUCAUGGGCGGGCCAGAUCCUGCUGCAGGUGGGACACUUGAUAUCAGUAGUUUUCAUGUUGGUACAAUGAAACUGGGCAACCAGUUCAGUCAAGCCUAUCCCCAAUUCUCGCAGAACAUUAUGGUGCCUUACACGCAGUUUGUAGAACGCGUUUUUCCCAACACAGCCACUCCGGUCAUCGCUUCUGGAUCUUCAUCUACUGUCCAAUCACCCUCUGAUAUAUCAACACCUACCACUUUAAAUACCACAACUGCCACGUCUGAUGCAUUGUUUGACUCACGGCUUUCUUCUCUCACGGAAGACGUCGACAUUCCAUUCUUCUCCGAGCCUUACGCAUCUCUGCCACAAAUGGACAUGGAUGACACAUUGCAGCCAUCACUUCCCGUUCUUCCGAUGCCUCUGCAACCUCUGCAAGACUUGGAGAUGAUGCACAGUUUCAAUCUGUUUCUGCAGGACCCAUCCAUUCUCGAACAAGACCCACCUAUCCUCGAACAAGACCUUGCCCCGCAACACUCGCUACCGAUUAUCGCGUCACCACCACGAAUUCAUCAAACACAAAACUCAUUGAUUCUUACAGAUGAACCUGCUACUACCCCAAAUGAAGCUGGAGCGCAGCCGCAGCCUUAUCACACUACAAAUCCCACCUUCACCUUCACCUUCCCUAUCUCCACUCCACCACCCUCCCAGGCGCCUUCAUUGACAACCCGCAUUCUAUCAGGUACAACGCCACCUGCCGGUGCACUCCCCACCCAAACUCUGACACCUCUGUCUGAUGCUGCCCCAAGAGGACCCCCUUCUGACACAGGCAAGAAGCGCGCAUGUGAAUCUGAAAGAGAGCGGUUGAAUUUGCUUGCGUGUGUCUUCUUGACAUAUUGGAACUUGUGGAAUCGGGUGAUGCAGUUUCCUGAGUCCAGCCCCAAAUACCAUCUUGCUAGGGACAUGGUCCCUUACCUCAAGUCUCUCUCUACUGUCCCUUCAUAUCAUUGUCUUCUUACUGCGGUUCAAAAGCUUCCGCAAAGAACAGAUUCAAAGUCAAGGAAACAGCAUCUUCCUGUCUGGGCUUCUUGGACAUGGUCUCAGGCAUAUCUGCCUCAAGACAUCCAUGAGGAUAUGAAAACCACCUCAGUCACCCUGGAGCAUUUGAGUAACUACCAGUUCGAUUCUCGUGGAUGGGGCAUGGUUGUGGCCCUGGGACUUGGACUCCUACUUCGUGAGUGUCGUCGUGCUCAGGAAUAUGAAGCCGACGAAGCUGGAGAUGAUGUACCUGACUACUUGGGUAACUCUAUCUUAGGCAUCCAGAUGGGCGACCAGAUUGAGGAAAAGGUUGUAGAGAUAGGGGCAGAAGUUGAAGCCAUGCUGAAAGAUGAGAGCCUGGGGUUGUCUAUUGUGAGGAAAGACAUUGAGAAGAGGUGUUCAGAGGAGAAAAGGAAGUUGAAGGAGAAAAGGAGAGUCGAGGAGGAGAAGAGGGCUGAGGAGGAGAAGAGGGCCGAGGAGGAGAAGAGGGUCGAGGAAGAAGAAAGAUUGGCUAAGCAAGCAAGCAAGGUGGACAAGAGGGUGAGGAAAUCCAAUGCUAAAGAGAAGGGUAAGAGGCCUGCUGCAGAUGUGGAGGAACCAUCCAAGAAAAAGGUGAAAGCUUCCCCUCCUGAUCCACCUCGUCGUUCUGCCAGAGACAAAGCACCUCCAAAGAAGUACAAUGUCUGA